AUGACCGGAAAAUACUUGAUCACCGGCGGGUACUUGGCGACGCUCGAUGACUCUCUGGGUGACUUCGCUAAUGGAGCCAUUCUGGUUGAGGACGGUGUCAUCAAGGCGGUCGGCAAGGCUGAAGAAAUCAAGGCUCCAGAUGCAGAGAUUAUCGACGCUACGGACGGCGUCAUCAUUCCUGGCAUGGUUGACACUCAUCGCCACGUCUCCAUGUCGUUGACGCGCUGUGGUGACCGACCGGUUCCGGCCGUGGCCGAAGCGGCUGGUCUCCGUGCUGCCAUUGACAGCCUUGUUGGAGGACACUUGCCGGCGGCUGUUCUCCCCGCGUACAACGUCCUGAUGGACACGUACGCGGCCUCCCUCCGAGGUCGUUAA